CUCGCUCCCUCCCUCCCUCUCUCUCUUAUUAGGUAAGAAAAAAUAAUGGUGUGGGAGAGUAAAUGCACGCGCGUUAUAUGACAAUGGGGCGUUGACUCUCGGUCCUCUGCAAAAGAAGAAGAAAACCCUAGGAGAUGUGCAUUGAACGAAAAUGAUUUUAUUCUUUUGCGGCCGAAGACGCCAUUAAUGACAGGACCAGGUCUCUCUCUCUCUAGAUAUUUAUCUCUCUAGGUAUCUGUCUUUGUAAUUCGAAUUUUCGUUUAUGAGAGAGGAAAUUCACGUUCUCCAUUAAAAUUCCCCUUUAAAGUUCCCCUAUUAUUCCUUUCCAGAGAAAGGCAUUUCGUGGUUUUGUAUCUUUUAAUUUUGUGAGAGAAAGGUUUGUAGAGAGAGAUUAGGAGAGAUAUUAGAGGAAUUAAGCUAUUGAUUGUGUUAGAACGUUUUUGAAGUUAAAGGUUGGGGUUUAUAUUUCUUUUUUAUUUCCAUUCAUUUGGAGGUUGGAGAGAGAGAGAGAGAACGAUUUAUUAGAAGAAUUAAGCUUUUGAAAUCUGGUUUGGGGGUUUGGGAGUGUAUUUCCAUUCAUUUGAAGGUUGGAGACAGAGAGAUUAUUGGAAGAAUUAAGUUUUCAAUUUGGGUUUGGGGGUUUGGAAAUGUAUAUCCAUUCAUUUGAAGAUUGAGAACUCUUCAAGAACGUUCUCUUAUUGAUUAAUUUUUUUUGGUGGUAGAGAACAAAGUUGUAAGGUGGGUUUAUAGAAACAAAAUUAGUGUGUUAUUUAAGCUAUAGUUUUGGGGUUUUUUAGCUAGUUAUUGAUUGGAGAUGGGGAAGCCUACUGGAAAGAAGAACAAACCGGUAGGUGCAAAGCCCAAUGAUGGAAAUAUGAAGCAGAGCAAGGCUCCUGAUCGCACCUCAAAGGCAUUGGACGAAGACACAGCCAUCUUUGUCAACAUGUCUCAGGAAUUGAAGGAAGAAGGAAACAAACUAUUCCAAAGGCGCGAUCAUGAGGGUGCAAUGUUGAAGUAUGAAAAGUCCCUCAAAUUGCUCCCGAGAAAUCACAUUGAGGUGGCCAAUUUACGCAGCAACAUGGCUGCUUGCUAUAUGCAAAUGGGUCUUGGUGAGUACCCAAGAGCGAUUAGCGAGUGCAAUUUGGCCCUUGAAGUUGCACCCAAGUAUAGCAAAGCAUUACUGAAGAGGGCAAGGUGUUAUGAAGCUUUGAAUAGGCUUGAGUUGGCUCUGAGAGAUGUUAAUAUUGUCUUGGAUAUGGAACCAAACAAUUUGACUGCCUUGGAGAUUGCGGAUAGUGUGAAGGAGGCAAUGGAGAAAAGGGGUCUCAACGUUGAAGAUAAAGACAUUGUUUUGCCUCCAGAAUAUGUUGAGCCACUUCGCCCUUCACCUUCACGAAAGGCUUUGAAAGAGAAGGUGAAAAAGAAGAAGAGCCGUAAAUUUGAGAGGAAGACGUCUGAGGAAGUCGAGGAAAAGAAGACUGAGGAUAAGGUGGUUGUGGAGGAGAAGAUAAGCAUCAAGGAAGAAAAAGUGGUCACAAAGACAGUAAAAUUGGUAUUUGGAGAGGAUAUAAGGUGGGCACAGUUUCCUGUUAAUUGUGGGAUUAGCCUGGUGAGGGAGACAGUUCAGGACAGAUUUCCGAGUUUGAAGGGUAUACUUAUCAAGUAUAGGGAUCAAGAAGGUGAUUUGGUUACAAUCACAACAACUGAUGAGCUGAGGUUGGCUGAAACUUCUGGUGAUCAGCAGGGUUCCCUGAGACUACAUGUUGUUGAAGUUAGUCCUGAUAAAGAACCAUCAUAUGAGAGAAUGAAAAAUGUGGAAGAGGUGCACAAAGUUGAUGCUGAACCAAAGAAAGUUGCAGAGAAUGGAAAUGGCGAUAAAGGCAAGGAAUUCGAGAAUAAGUCGUCUUGUAUUGAUGACUGGAUUAUCCAGUUUGCACGGCUGUUCAAGAAUCAUGUUGGGUUUGAUUCUGAUUCAUACUUGGAUCUUCAUGAGGUGGGGAUGAAGCUAUACUCAGAAGCAAUGGAGGAUGCUGUUACCAGUGAAGAUGCCCAAGAACUUUUUGAAAUUGCUGCAGAGAAGUUCCAAGAGAUGGCAGCUUUAGCCAUGUUCAAUUGGGGAAAUGUUCACAUGUCCAGGGCAAGGAAGCGGGCAUUUUUAACUGAAGAUGGUUCAAGAGAGUUGAUACUGGCGCAGGUUAAAACUGCAUAUGAAUGGGCAAACAAAGAAUAUGUGAUGGCAGGAACGAGGUAUGAAGAAGCUCUAAAAGUCAAACCAGACUUCUAUGAAGGCCUCCUUGCACUUGGGCAGCAACAGUUUGAACAGGCAAAGCUCUCUUGGAAUUACGCAACUGGAUGCGAGGUUCAUGUAGAGAUAGGGGCUCCAGAGGUCCUGGAAUUAUUUAAUCAAGCUGAGGAUAGUAUGGAGAGGGGCAUGCAGAUGUGGGAGGAGAUGGAGGAACAACGUCUAAAUGGACUCUCCAAAUCAGAUAAAUACAAAGCUGAGUUGCAGAAAAUGGGGUUAGAUGGUCUAUUUAAAGAGAUAUCUGCUGAUGAAUCUGCAGAGCAGGCUGCAAACAUGAGGUCUCAGAUAUACCUCUUAUGGGGUACCUUGCUCUAUGAGCGUUCUGUUGUCGAAUUCAAGUUAAGUUUACCAACAUGGGGAGAAUGUUUGGAGGUUGCAGUUGAAAAGUUUGAACUUGCUGGAGCUUCUCCAACGGAUAUAGCUGUGAUGAUAAAGAACCAUUGUUCCAAUGAAACUGCACUAGAUGGAUUCAACAUUGAUGAGAUAGUACAGGCAUGGAACGAGAUGUAUGAUGCUAAAAGGUGGCAGACUGGUGUUCCGGCUUUCCGGCUCGAACCAUUGUUUCGCCGGAAGGUUCCAAAACUUCAUUCUACUUUGGAGCAUUUUUGAGUUUCUUGUUCAUGGUUGCAGAUUCUUUAUAAACAGUGAGAAAAGUGCCAGUGCUAUUUCUUAGUUGUCCGUCGGCUAUGCGGUUGCCAACUAAGAUAGGUUUUUGUAAUGGAUUGUUACGUACACCUUCAGUUUUUUUGCUUUUGGAAGCAAAGGACGAAGAGUUUGUUGUCGAGUGUUGAUUUUGUGAUGGGAGUGAUUUUUUUGCAUGGGCUGCAAAGCCGUUUAUACCAUUUAUUUUUCCUCUUUGGAGAGGGACUACAUGAAGAAACUGGACUUGUAUUCGUUCAGUGUCAGUUAUUCGCUGUUUGAGAUGGCGGGUAAAUGAUUGGUUUUGUAAAUUCAAAUUGAGGAAUAAAUAGCAGUAGUAGCAUUCUGUUGUUUGUUAUUCAUUAUAGAUUGUGAGUUUCAUUGUAACAGUUUGUGGAUUUUAUAUGGCUGGAGAAGAAGUGAAUCUUAGUUUUCUA